UAAGGGAGGGAGGGAGCAAAGUAGAGUGUGUGUGUUGUGUGAGUGCGCGCGCGCGCGCGCUUUCGCUCGGGGAUGCAAUUACCAUUUGCUAAUCCUUAACACUGGAACUGCAGCCGCUGGAAGGAAGCACAGCUUCUCUGCAGAUUCGCCCGCCUUGCAAAGAAGCGACUUCGCCGCCGGAUUCCUGGCUCUGCCCGCUCCCCUGGGUUCUAGCCUUCGCGCCUGUGCUCGGCUCCAGGUCCGGGAACUGAGGAUUCAGCAGCCUCCUUCUUUGAGUCCCGGCUCAGCGCUGCAGAUUCCCGAGAUCCAAGGCUGUUUGGGGGGCAGGAUGGUGGGCAGCUGCUGCUGGCGCGCGCCGCUACUGCUCCUAGGAGCGCUCGCCUUCUUAGCUCCGCCAGGGGCUGCUGCCGCCAGUCACCAGGAUCCGGACGACGACGACCCGAUCCCGUCCUUCGCUUUCGAGGAGGAGAAUCAGACCGAUUUUGGGAAAGAUAGAAGCGGAUCCGCCGCUUUCCACAGGAGCAAUAAGGAUGCCUGGCGCAUGGCUGGGCAAUAUAUUGUCGUGCUUAAGGAGGAAGCGCAUAAAUCCCAAACAGCACGAACUGCCAGGCGCCUGCAAGCCAGAGCCGCCAAGCAUGGCUACCUGACCAAGAUCCUGCACAUAUUUGAUGAGCUGUUCCAGGGCUUUGUGGUGAAGAUGAGCAGUGAUGUGCUGCACAUGGCAUUGAAGCUACCGCAUGUGGAUUACAUAGAAGAGGACUCCUAUGUGUUUGCUCAGACCAUUCCCUGGAACCUUGGCCGGAUCGUCCCAGGGCAGUACAAAUCCAAUGAAUACAAUCCUCCCAAUAGAGGUGACCUGGUUGAAGUUUAUCUGCUAGAUACUGGCGUCCAGAGCAACCACCGAGAGAUAGAGGGCAGAGUGUUUGUGACUGAUUUUGAGAAUGUUCCGGAGGAGGAUGGUACUCGUUUUCACCGACAGGCCAGUAAGUGUGACAGUCACGGGACCCACAUGGCUGGAGUGGUGAGUGGGAGGGAUGCUGGUGUGGCCAAAGGAGCCAGUGUCCGCAGUCUCCGGGUGCUGAACUGCCAGGGAAAAGGCACUGUGAGCGGCACCUUGAUAGGGCUGGAGUUUAUUAAAAAGACCCUGACAGCACAGCCCUGUAGUCCUCUUGUGGUUUUGCUCCCGCUGGCUGGCGGCUACAGCCGCAUCCUCAAUGCAGCCUGUCGCCUGAUGGUGAAGACGGGGGUGGUGAUCAUUGCUGCAGCAGGCAACUACAAGGAGGACGCUUGUCUGUAUUCACCAGCAUCAGAAUCCGAGGUUAUUACAGUUGGAGCCACCAAUGUCCAGGACCAACCAGUUUCCAUGGGAACCUUGGGAACCAACUUUGGCCGCUGUGUAGAUGUGUUUGCCCCGGGAGAUGAUAUAAUUGGUGCCUCCAGCGACUGUAGUUCCUGCUUCACAACACAGAGUGGGACAUCCCAAGCAGCUGCCCAUGUAGCAGGUAUUGUGGCCAUGAUCCUGAACACCAACCCGGGUCUGUCCAUCUCGGAGCUGCGACAGAAGCUGAUCCACUUCUCCAUCAAAAACCUUAUAAAUGAAGCUUGGUUUCCAGAAGACCAGAGGCUGUUAACCCCCAACAGAGUAGCUGGGCUUCCAUCCAUACUUGUAGCAGAUGAGGAAUUGUACUGUCGCUCCGUAUGGUCUUCCUUGUCUGGGCCCACUCAUACAGCUGUAGCUACUGCCCACUGUAACAGCAACGAAGAGCUGUUCAGCUGCUCAAGCUUCUCCAAGAAUGGCAAGUGGCGUGGUGAACAUAUUGAGGAUCAGGGAGACAGAAAGGAGUGUGUGGCGCAAAAUCGGUUUGGAGGCCAAGGGGUUUAUGCCAUUGCCAGAUGUUGCAUUUGGCCCAAAGCUGACUGCCAGGUUAUUGCCCACUCACAGACUGCAGAGGGCACAGCAGUGCGAAGUGCCAGCUGCACAAAGGAUGGCCAUGUUCUGACAGGUUGCAGUUCUCAUUCACUGACUGGAGAGUUCAGUAGCAACAUCAGACCUAUACUGAAGACAGAAAGCAGUCAUGACCAAUGUGUCAGCCAAGCAGAUGCAACUGUGCAUGCUUCCUGCUGCCAUGCCCCCAGCAUUGAGUGCAAAGUGCUGGAAUAUUCUCCUGUGGAAUAUGCUGCAAAGGUGAUGGUGACUUGUGAUGAUGGCUGGACCUUGACAGGCUGUAAUGCACAAUCACCUGGUCCCAACACUCUUGGUGCAUAUUCUGUGGACAACACCUGUGUCGUACGGAGCAGCCCAGGCAGCAAGAGAGCAGCUGCCGCCGCCAUCUGUUGCAGAAAAAGAUUUUUGGAGAACGAAAAGCAGAGUUCCAACUACAAGUGACCAUUCUUCCCUCCUCCUACACAUGGGACCUGUUUCAGUCAUAAGAUGAAGCCACAGAUUACCACCCUGUAACAUCACAUUGGUGAGCUGUCCACCUCUCUCUGCUGUGCCUGAGCAGUUUCAGGUGGGACUCAGAACAUACAAUGAAAUUUAGCUACCCUUCACACUGUCCACUCCGUGAUGGUUCAACAGGUUUGCAAACUAAACAACUUCAGCAAUAUGCUUUGUGCGUACCCUAGUUCUUUUAGGAGUCUUCCAUCUGCAUAGCCAGCGAUUUCCAACCAUUUAGGAUUUCGGGCUUGUCAGCUGUCGGAUUCUUAAAAAUCUAUUUAUAUUCUAAAACUGUAGGGUACCCAGACUGGUGGAGGUCAUGUUCUCAUUAAUUCCUAUGUAACCAACUGAAAUAGCCUGGCUGGUUUAAAAUAGUAAAAACUGGGUGUGCCCUGUGCUCAAAAUACUGAGAAUGUGCAUAUCUUCUUGAUUUUGGCUUCCCGCCUCACCAAUUUUUUAUGUUUCAACAUAUAUUUCAAGAGGAGCAGAUAAAUAGGUGCAAGGAGAUAUGUGGAGUGGAAGACAAGAAUUUUUUUUUGUAAGGUAAUGAAGCCUGGCCCCCAACCCCUUUCUGGCUUCUGAGCUGGAACCAGCAACAGCCCUUUGUACAGAUUAGAAGUCUUUUUUAAACAAUAGAAGGCAAGAGCAUCAUCAUUCAAAUUUCUGCCUCAGAUCCCAAAUUAAAUGCACACAUUCUUGACCAUUGUUUGGGAACUGUAUUAGGUUGUUCAGCUUUCUUUUUCUUUUUUUAAAGGGAGGCUUUCCAUGUUAUGCAAUCUAGUUACUAUGCUAAGUUGCAUUGCACCACUCAAUCAGCAUCACUAAAAAUCAGUUUUUUAAGUAUUAGUGUUCUCCCUCAACUCUAUGUAGUGUGAACCUGUUUGACAAGACUACCAGUAUAAACUGGAUAAGUAGAUCAAGGUUAGACUUCACAACUUUUACUAGGAUGGCUAAAGCUAUGGCUGAAAAGAACAUGUCUAGUCAUCAGCAUCAUAUUUAAGACUCCAGUAAAUGAAUAUUUCCCCCCUAAUCUGAGUAAAUAUAUAGGGCUUGUAAAGAUGAGUGGCUUAUUUGUUGCAGAAUCAAAUACAUAUCUGUUUCUAAAUCCAAAGUGCCUUAUAGACUCCAUUUCCAAGAGUACAUACCAAACCGUCAUCCUUGCACACUUAAUCCCUCUAAACUGAACAGGGAUAGAGUAGUCAGUAAAACCUCUGUGAUAGGGCCCCAUCUAUAAGGGCUGAUGCCCUUGUGCUCCAUAAAAGAGAAUGAUGUUUCUCUUCUCUAGCAGGGUUGGCCAAAUUCAACUGCCCACUGUUGUUCCUCCAGUGGUACACUGCCAAGAAAGCCAGCAUCAGCUGGUACUUCUUGCCAGCAGGAUAUAUUUGGAUGAACUAAGACAGUCUACUUGCUUUCAUGAUUAGAGCAAGCAGUGCUGACAUCAAUGAAACCAUCAACUAACUAGACAAGCAGUUUCCACUGACGAAGCAGAAGGAACGGUUUACUUAGAUCAUGUGACAAGCAAGCGCCAAGAAACCAACUGAGCAGAUGCAGAGCAUUUCUUUACAUAAAAGUAGCCAAAGCUGUUAAAAGCACUUAGGAGGCACAGGAUUCCAAGUGUAUUGGCCAUUCAUCACACUUGAGAUACUGUGAAGUCAAGACAAGUAGCACACCAUUAGCAAUUUAGGCCAGCCAGUUUGGUUAACCACCAAGCCACUUAAUAAUGGCCACGUAUUUGUUUUUAAAUCACUUUUAAAAAUGCAGGUUGUUAGUGUUGCACUCAACUCCUCUCGCCUCUUACUAAAGGUUGCCAAUUUUAAUUGCUUGCAUAAUAAAAACUUAAUUUGUAGAUGUAUGUUCAAUUACUAUGUUAUAAGUAGCUUUUUUCUCCAAAAGGGCAAAAAGAGUUAAAUCAUGAAUUACGUAGGCAGCAUGUAAAGCAUCUCUUUUGUUUUUUGGAUUAACAGACACAUAAAUCUACCUACUGUAAUUAAUAUUUGCUUAAUAUAGAGAAGAGCUUUCCUAGUGCUGUGGAUUUUACAUUUGUAUCAGGAAAUUAUUUAUUCUGUUUUAUAUAGCACAUUUUAUAAUGCCCUCUUUUUUUGGAAUAAAAUUUCAUAUGACCUUA